UGCAUAGAGACAGUUCAUACUUUUAAAGAAGUAUGGACAUUCUUGUUACCACGUCGCUGCUACUUCUAUUUGUCUUUCUCCAAUUUCUUUUAGAUUUUUCUGUGUUUUAAAUGCGUCGCAAAUGAAGAGACAGAGGCAAAAGUGAAGAGUGGAUACUCGGCAGUGAAUAUCAUGGCAGCUUCUGAGCUGUACACCCAGUAUGCCCGGGUCUGGCUGCCCAAUGCUUUGGAGGUGUGGAAGCCAGCCGAGCUCACUAAGGACUAUUCCCCUGGAGACAGAGUUCUGUUUCUGCAGCUGGAAGAUGGCACGGAUGUGGAAUACAAGAUUGACCCUCAGACAAAAAGAUUACCCCCUCUACGGAACCCUGACAUCCUGGUUGGGGAGAACGACCUCACUGCUCUCAGCUACCUCCACGAGCCAGCCGUGCUGCACAACCUCAAAGUGCGCUUCGUGGAGUCCAAGAUGAUCUACACCUACUGUGGCAUUGUGUUGGUUGCCAUCAACCCAUAUGAGAGUCUUCCCAUCUAUGACCAUGACAUCAUCCAUGCCUACAGUGGACAGAACAUGGGGGAUAUGGACCCUCACAUCUUCGCUGUUGCUGAGGAGGCUUACAAGCAGAUGGCCAGAGAUGAGAGGAACCAGUCUGUGAUUGUGAGUGGGGAGUCAGGAGCUGGGAAGACAGUCUCUGCUAAGUAUGCCAUGAGGUACUUUGCCACGGUCAGCGGCUCCUCUUGUGAGACUAACGUUGAGGAGAAAGUGCUGGCCUCCAACCCCAUCAUGGAGGCCAUCGGGAACGCCAAGACGACCCGGAAUGACAACAGCAGUCGCUUUGGGAAGUACAUUGAGAUCGGAUUCGAUAAAAACUAUCGUAUCAUCGGGGCCAACAUGAGGACGUACCUGCUGGAGAAAUCCAGAGUUGUGUUUCAGGCUGCUGAGGAGAGGAACUACCACAUCUUCUACCAGCUGUGUGCCUCCUCACAUCUACCUGAGUUCAAAGCCCUCAAGUUAGGUAGUGCAGAUGACUUCCUCUGUACCGGCCAAGGUGGGAUCCCAGUCAUAGAAGGAGUCGACGAUACCAAAGAGAUGCGCAGUACCAGGAAGGCUUUCUCGUUGUUAGGGAUCAGUGAAACACAGCAAAUGGGAGUUUUCCAGAUCCUGGCAGCAUUGCUUCACCUUGGCAACGUGGAAGUGAAAGAGGGAACCAUGGACAGCAGUGCUAUCCUUGCAGAGAACAAUCACCUGAUGGUGUUCUGUGAGCUUAUGGGAGUGGCCUACGAGGACAUGUCCCAUUGGCUAUGUCACAGGAAAUUAAAGACGACCACAGAGACCUACGUGAAGCCCCUCCCCAAGGCGCAUGCGGUCAAUGCGCGGGACGCCCUGGCCAAACAUAUCUACGCCAAAGUGUUCAGCUGGAUUGUGGAUCGUAUAAACGAGUCGCUGCGCUCCGCCAUUAAACAACGCUCCUUCAUUGGUGUUCUCGACAUUUACGGGUUUGAGACAUUUGACAUCAACAGUUUUGAGCAAUUCUGUAUUAACUACGCCAAUGAGAAGCUCCAACAGCAGUUUAACAUGCAUGUGUUUAAGCUGGAGCAGGAGGAGUAUAUGAAGGAGGACAUUCCCUGGACUUUGAUAGACUUCUAUGAUAAUCAGCCCUGUAUCAACCUCAUAGAGGCCAAGAUGGGAGUCCUGGACCUGCUGGAUGAGGAGUGCAAAAUGCCCAAGGGCUCUGAUGACACAUGGGCACAGAAACUUUACAACACCUUCCUGAAGAAAAGUGAGAUUUUUGACAAGCCUCGUAUGUCCAACAAAGCCUUUAUCAUCCACCACUUUGCGGACAAGGUGGAGUACCAGUGUGAAGGGUUCCUGGAGAAGAAUAAGGACACUGUUAAUGAGGAGCAGAUCAAUGUCCUCAAGUUAAGCAAGUUUGACUUGCUGGUGGAGCUGUUCAGAGACGAGGAGACCGCCGCCCCGACCGGACGGACAAAGACGACGCGGCCCGGCCAGGCCCAAAGGGACAAUAAGAAAACCGUUGGAACCCAGUUUCGUAACUCCCUGAAUCUGCUGAUGGAGACCCUGAACGGAACCACGCCCCACUAUGUCCGCUGCAUCAAGCCCAACGAUCACAAAUCCCCGUUCACGCUGGACCCCAUUCGCGCCGUGCAGCAGCUACGGGCCUGUGGUGUCCUGGAAACCAUCCGAAUCUCGGCAGCAGGAUUCCCGUCCAGGUGGACCUACCAGGAGUUCUUCAGCCGGUACCGGGUUCUGAUGAAACAGAAAGACAUUCUCUCAGACAUGAAGCUGACGUGCAAGAACGUCCUGGAGAAAUGGGUCAAGGACCAUGACAAGUACCAGUUUGGGAAGAACAAGAUCUUCUUCAGGGCCGGUCAGGUGGCCUACCUGGAGAAGCUGCGCUCCGACCGGCUGAGGAAGGCUUGCGUCCGCAUCCAGAAGACCAUCCGGUGCUGGCUGGCCAGGAAGAGAUUCCUCCGCAUGAGGCGAGCUGCCGUCACCAUCCAGAAACAUGCACGAGGCUACCUGGCACGCUGUCGGGUUGCGUUCCUGCGGAGAACCCGGGCGGCCGUGGUCAUCCAGAAGAACCAGCGGAUGUUGGCGGCACGGAGGCGGUACCAGGACCUGCGGUGUGCUGCCGUCAUCAUGCAGCGACUGCUACGCGCCUACCAGGCCAGACAGACCUACUGCAAGCUGUUGUACGAGCACAAGGUUCUCAUCGUCCAGCGGUGGGUGAGGGGCUGGCUGGCCCGGAGGAGGUACCAACGCUCCCUGAGGGCCGUGGUUUACCUCCAGAGCUGCGUGAGGCGCAUGGCGGCCCGGAGGGAGCUGAAGAAGCUGAAGGUGGAGGCCCGUUCUGUAGAACACUUCAAAAAGCUCAACGUGGGCAUGGAGAACAAGAUCAUGCAGCUUCAGAGAAAGGUGGACGAACAGAUCAAGGAGAACCGAGAACUGGGCGAACGGUUGAGCUCCACAGAGCGAUCCUGGGCAGCGGAAAGUGAGAGGCUGGGGAGAGAGGUGGAGCGGCUGCGCGGGGCUGAGGAGGAGAGCCGGGUUGCAGCGGAGAAGCUACCCUCCCUCCUGGAGCAGCUGUCCUUCCUCCGUCAGGAGCUGGAGACAACCAGGGGAGAAAAGGAGGCCGUUCAGGAGGAGGCCAGGGCUUAUAGGGAGGAGAAUGAGAAGAGGGUGUCAGAGUUGAAUGAGAAGAACAGCUUGUUAAUGACAGAGAAGGAGAACCUGACCCAGCUGAUCCAGGAGCAGAGUCAGCAGAUCGCAGACACUGAGGCCCACGCCGAGGACCGCAGGUGGCUGGACCGUGACCUCAGUGAGGAACGCCGCCGCUACCAGAGCCUGCUGAGUGAAUACGCACAGCUGGAGGGGAGAUACGCCGACCUGAAGGAGGAGAUGACUCUCACAGUGGAGACCGGUAAACCAGGCCACACACGAGAGGACUCCUCCUACAGCAGCAAUGGGUCCGAAGGAACCUUUAGCUCUGGGCUUUCAGGAUCUCAGGGAAGAAACAGCUCGGCGGAAUCUCACAGCUCAACUCGCAGAUCGUCCGGUUUCACUGAGUUUGAGACGAGCCCCCUACGAAGAGAGGGUGCUCCACAACAGGAUGUGACAGACAUGUCUGUGCUGCUGAAGCUCCAGAGGAGAGUCACCGAGCUGGAACAGGAGAAACAGACACUGCAGAGACACCUGGACAAGAGAGAGGAGGUCCAGGAGGACCAUGCCAGAACCGCGGCAGAGCUGAAGACUGCAGGAAGAGCUGAGCUGGACCUGGUAGCACUGAAACGCCAGGAGCUGGAGUCAGAGAACAAGAGGCUGAAGACUGACCUGGCUGAGUUGCGUCAGUCCCUGGCCACGGUUUCAAAAAGCGCCAGUGCUAAAACCCCCAGCAGCCCCGGGCCAGGCUCUGCGCCUUACAACGUGCUCCUGGAGCAGCUUGACUCUGCCAAUGAGGAGUUGGAGAUCAGGAAGGAGGAGGUGCUGCUCCUCCGCUCCCACCUGGUUCGCCAGGAGGCGCUGAAACACAACAAGGAGGCGUAUGGAGAGAUGCACAGGAAGAUGGACCUUGGUAAAACUGCCAAGAAACUCCCUGGCGGAGCCACACCUGACUACCACACGCUGAACGAGGAUGGAGAACUGUGGUUGGCCUACGAGGGGCUGAAGGAGACCAACAGGGUGUUGGUGUCCCAGCUUCAGAUGCAGGACCGGGAUCAUGAGGAGGGGUUGGAGGAGCUGCGGGUGGAGGUGUGCAGGUUGCGGGAGGAGAACAGUCAGCAGCAGCAGUUAAUCUCCCAGAGCCUCCUCCUCCCUCCGGAGGGCCGCGUCGACGCCGGCCUCCAACACGAGAUCACCCGGCUCACAAACUGCAACCUGGACCUGAUGGAGCAGCAAGGGAAGCAGGACAAGAUGAUCCGCAAAUUGAAAAAACAGCUUAAAACGUAUAUGAACAGGAUGGAAGAAUACGAAGCCAAAGGUCAGGUGGAGCGAGUUGUCCCAGAUCCAGAGCCUGGCACUCCAGGUCGUAUCACCCGUAAAGAGAGGGACUUCAAGGGCAUGCUGGAGUACCGGAGGGGGGACGAGAGCAAGCUUCUGAAGGGUCUGGUCCUGGAGCUGAAGCCUCGCGGCGUUGCUGUUAACCUCCUUCCUGGUCUGCCGGCCUACAUUCUGUUCAUGUGUCUGCGCCAUGCUGACUACUGUAACGAUGACCAGAGAGUCAGCACCCUGCUCAACUCCACCAUCAACAGCAUUAAAGGCCUCAUCAAGAAGAAAGGGAGUGACUUUGAGACUGUGUCUUUCUGGCUGGCCAAUACCUGUCGGCUGCUGCACUGCCUGAAACAGUACAGUGGAGAGGAGCCAUUUGUGAAGCAGAACACCCCACGACAGAACAAACACUGUCUGACUAACUUUGACCUGUCGGAGUACCGUCAGCUCCUGAAUGACCUCGCCGUCCAGGUCUACCAACAGCUGGUCAAGUCUAUGGAGGAGACGCUACUUCCUAUGAUAGUCCCUGGAAUGCUGGAGCAUGAGACCAUCCAGGGGGUCCUGGGGUCCAAACCCACGGGCCUGAGGAAGAGGACAUCCAGUCUCCCGGGUGAGGCUGUUUACACGGUGGACAGCAUCAUCCAGCAGCUCAGUCUGUUCCAUGCUACCCUGACUCAGCAUGACGUUGACCAUGACCUCAUCAAACAGGUGGUGAGGCAACUGUUCUACAUUACCUGUUCUGUCACUCUCAACAACCUGCUACUGAGGAAGGAAAUGUGCUCCUGGAGCAAAGGACUGCAGAUCAGGUACAAUGUGUGGCAGCUGGAGGAGUGGCUGGAUGAACACGGCCUGUCAGGAUGUGGAGCUAAGGAGAUGCUGGAGCCUCUGAUCCAGGCCGCUCAGCUACUACAGGUCAAGAAGAAAACGGAGGAGGAUGCCCAGGCUAUCUGCACCAUGUGUUCUGCACUCACCACUCCACAGAUUGUGAAAGUGCUGAACUUAUACACCCCAGUGAUUGAGUUUGAGGAAAGGGUUCCCACAUCAUUCAUUAAAACUAUACAGGUCCUGUUAAAAGACCGUGUUGAGUCCCCUCAGUUGCUGAUGGACGCCAAAAAGAUUUUCUCUGUGACCUUUUCCUUCACCCCCUCCUCCCUGGCACUGGAGACCAUCCAGAUCCCAAGCUCUCUCAACCUAGGGUUCCUCACAAGAGUCUAAAUCCCUGACCCUUUACCCCCCAAACAACUCUUACCUGGGGUUAGAGAAACCAAAUGCCUGAACAUCUGGGGCAGCUUCCCAGACACCGAUUAAGUCACUGAUGAAACACUUUCAAUUGAGAUUCGCACCGGGCUUUUUAGUCUGGAACUUCUGUGGGCUUUAUACUGCCUAUGUCCUGGGAAAAAUGCCAUUAUAGUUAUAACAUUGCCUUUUAGAUUUUGUCAGUUUAGAAUCAUUCAAUGUGGUAUAAUAGAACGAGGGGGUGUUAGGGGGUUAGAGACACUAAAUAUUAAAACUAAUAUUAAACUGGCUAAUGAAUAUAUGUUUACAAUUAACGUAAUUCAUCACUUAUGUAGUUUAUUAGAUAUUUAAUGUGUGCAAUGUUUGUUUUUUUUGCUAAUAUACACCUGGAGGUAGCACUGUCUGUUGUACAUUGCAGGGAUUGCAUCAUGUUCUAUGCAAUAAGUACCAAAUAAUUAUUCAUGUGUUAAUGACACAACAGGCCGGAAUGAGCAGGUUUCUAGCCUAGGUUAUAACACUGGACUUUCACUGCUAGCUUUUAGUUUUUCCAAACGUUUGCAGACCCUUGAAAGCAACUGGGAGCUGGGCUUUCAGUUCUUAGGAGAUAAUACCAGGAAGUAUCUUUUACAAAAAAUAUAUUAAUUGAAAGAUGUGCUUACAUAUUUCAUGCUGUACAUUCAGGGGUCAUUAGUGUUCAUGCUGUAUAUUUGGGGGUCAUUCGUAUGCAUGUUAUACCCUCGGGGAUCAUUAGUCUCCGGACAGACUGUUUUCAGUGCUACAAUUAUGGAGUCAUUCAUGUUAUGUGACAGAUUUCUGCUUAUGUAAUUGUAGUGCUUAUUGCCUUUAUGUGUAUCAAGGUGCUGAAUGGUAAGUGAAUUCCUCACUCGCAACUCCAUGCAUUUCAAAUACAAUAUAUUAAAUAACUCGAACUUGAAAUAACUCGACACCCGGUGACAACGCGGACGUUAUUAGUUGGACCCUCUGUAUAGCAUCGAUUUACUGAUGUGAAAGCAGCAGGAUAACAUGCUGGCAGCAUUUACUCAGAUUUAUUUUUUAAAAAUAAAAGCCUUUUCACUGUCUGAAACACUACUGUGGUUGGUCCAUUGGACAGAAUGAAAACACAAAUGACUGGAAUCGGGUUCUGCCUGAAGUGUUCACUUGUUCAAAGUACAAAGUGUUGUAUGUUAAUAUCUCCAGAUAGCUUAGUGUUUAGAGCAGGGUUCGGCAAUAAACGGCCCGCGCGACAAAACAAGCCCGCCAGCAAUAAUAUCUGGCCCGCGGCAUGAUUAUUUUGAGAGCGGCUGGUGCUGAAAUAGAUCUGUCAUGACAGCAACGUUUACUCUCAAACACUUCCUCUUUAGUGAUUUUCCCUACAAAAUAAAUGUGUGAGAACGUUUUUUUAUUUAAAUUGAGAGUUUUUACUUUGAAAAGUUCUGAAGUGCAUUCAAUUCUGGCUUGCUUGACAUACCUCUGAAAUACUCUGCCAACAGCGACAAUUUCAGUGCAGACACAUCGGCUUUCACGAAACUAGCUGAAGAGAAGCGUUAUGCUGGCAACAUUAGAGAUUCCGUAGCAACAAUAAGACUUUGCCGCGUUAAGUGAUUUUAAUGAAUUUUUUAUUAAAUGAAUCUGUUAUGCCACGUUGCUUAGUGUAUAUGUUAACAAUGUAUUGUAGUAAAUGUUCAGGAGAGUGGAUAAAGUGAUUAUAUGCAACUAAAAUCAAGGGUCGCUAUGUAUUUGCAGUUGUUGCUGGCAUUUUACUUCGCCCAUGCCAUUGGCCAAAACGUAACUCAAAGGAUAUGAAAUACGUAUUGCCCUAUAGAGAAAAAACUAUUCUAUACGCCGCAGUGAAUGUAUUGUAGUAAAU